GUUUGGGCAGUGGGCCUGGAGCACAUCAAGAUGUCGACCACGACGGUUCCGGAGCUGAAACAGAUCAGUCGGGAGGAAGCAAUGCGCUUGGGGCCCGGCUGGAGUCAUUCAUGCCACGCCAUGCUAUACGCCGCCAACCCCGGGCAGCUUUUCGGACGUAUCCCCAUGCGUUUCUCAGUGCUGAUGCAGAUGCGCUUCGACGGGCUGCUAGGCUUUCCCGGGGGUUUCGUGGACCGGCGCUUCUGGUCGCUGGAGGAUGGCUUGAAUCGGGUGCUGGGCCUGGGCCUGGGCGGCCUACGCCUUACCGAAGCUGAUUACCUGAGUUCACACCUGACUGAGGGUCCACACCGUGUGGUGGCACAUCUGUACGCACGGCAGCUGACAUUGGAACAACUGCAUGCUGUGGAGAUCAGCGCUGUGCACUCACGGGACCACGGUCUGGAGGUGGGGCUACUGCCUGGGGCCCGCCCCCAUUCCCACUCCUGAGGUUUGGCUCUGGCACCACAGAAGGCACCUUGGGUCCUGGGCCUUGUACGGGUCCCACUGUACACACAGAAGGAUCGAGUAGGCGGCUUUCCUAACUUUCUGAGCAACGCCUUCGUCAGCACUGCCAAAUAUCAACUUCUAUUUGCCCUUAAGGUACUCAACAUGAUGCCCUCGGAAAAGCUGGCCGAGGCCUUGGCCUCAGCAACAGAGAAGCAGAAGAAGGCUCUAGAAAAGCUGCUCCCGCCCUCAUCCUGAGGUGCUUCUUGUGCAGGUCCCUGCCCUCCCUUGGCUGUCUCUGCCCACAGGCCCUGGAAUUCCCGAGACGCGUGCCUUCUAGUGUGUUUGCUUUUGCAUCCCUUCUGACUGCAAGGGACAUGCAGGCAGCUGUUCAUCAUUACUGUCCCAAGCAGUCCCUGGGACCUAGCUACACUCUCAGGUUGGUCAGUGGGGGUGGGCCUGGGCCUAACUUUUCAAGCUGAAGAUGCUCUCACCCAUCCCAGGGCUCAAACUGUCCUGUGCGAGUCUGUUCAUGACUAGUGGAGUCCCAGCUAGAGCCCAUUCUUCGAAGGCAACCACUUGGUUGGAACACAGAUCCUGGACUGGUCAUGGGUUUUGCCCAACAGAGAUGACCCACGUUAGACCAACCCUUCUUUCCCUUAGCCCAGAGCCUGACCCAGCGUGGGGCAAGAUGUUUAUUUGGGUGCUUGUUGGAUUUCUCUGUUAGAUUUUGUUCUUGGUGUAUGAACUGUGGUUUGGUUUCAGAAUGGCUGUGCCCCACAUGAUUUUGUUUUCCCCAUGGGGGCCUCUGUGAAGCUGAGGAAGGAAGAAGACAAUAAUAAAGCCAUUCCUCUGAUGCUCAUGUUGCU